AUGCUCGCCGCCGCGACUACCAUCGGGGUUGCGUCGUGGCUUUCGGCUCAGGGAAUCUGGAAUCUGAUGAGCCGUUGGUUAUGCGCCUUAUUGAAUAUCAAAGGAGAUACGAAGACACCACAUGCGCAGCAGUCUGGCCCUUCAGAUUUGAGGAGUCUAUACUACAAUAGAUCGCGCUUUUGGACGCUUGUUGGGAGCGGUAUGACUCUCGGACUGUGGCUCAUUCGACCGACCAUACCCUAUAAUCAUAUGACCGGAGCUCUUCCGUUCGUCCUGCUCGGUGAACACUCUCGCGCCCGUCGGAUUACUGUCGACUCGUUUCCUUUGCCUGAAUUGCUGGCUGCGGAAUUCUAUGAACCUGCCAAAGGUCAUUAUAAAGGAUGGGCGCCGACAAUGGACGACGCGGGUAACCGUGGCUAUGGUAAUGAUAAGCCUGCUUGGGCGCAGGGUCCUUUGCCUCUUGCGUUCGAGAGGUGGAUUGUGAAUCCCGAAGCUAACAUGACCGGGAUUACGAAUACAUCUCGAACUGAACUAUCCGGAAGCGACGACAAGGGCGAUCUUGGUCACCGGAAUAAGACAACUGGGCCACGACAAUACUUUUAUAACCCUAGUCAGGACCCCACGCGCAUCACCAACCUUGAUUUAGAUCCACUUGGGCCUCUGCAGGAGGCAUUGAAAGAUCACGCUAUCCCGAUCAACCACAUCGUCUUCGUGUUUUUGGAAAGUGGCCGGAAGGACCUCUUCCCUCUCAAGACCGACUCUCGUCUUUACAAUCAGAUCCGUGAGACAUACGACAUCUACUCAGACGAAGAUGUAGAGGACUUGCAUGAUAAGCUCUCUACGAUCACUCCAUUCGCAGAAAUGCUCACUGGAGAAGAAUCCGGCUUUGGUCAAUCUGGACAUAUAAACUCCGAAUUUGGAGGUAUCAGUUUCGACGGGAUAUUGUCUGGGAGCAGCCUCAGCGCCAAAUCGCGUCUUGUCAACUACUGCGGUCUUGGUCCACUGCCAGUGGACUUCAUGCAUGAGAAUGAUAUCAUUCCAUACCAGCCGUGUUUGAUGCACAUCAUGGAUCUAUUCAACCAGCGCAAGAGCGCCUCAUCUCGCUCUGAGAAUUCCACCAAUGAUCCCCGCGAGCGGGAAUGGCAAACUCUCUACGCGCAGUCUGUUACUGGAGGGUUCCAGGACCAAACUGAGCUUAUGGAAUUGCUUGGUUUCAAUCAGUCUUUGUACUCUGAGGAUAUUGACAUUACCAAUGCGAAGUACUACCACGAUGGUAUGGAGAAGAUCAAUUAUUUCGGCUACGCCGAGACCGAGGUCGGCCCUUAUAUCAAAGACAUGAUCAACGAAACUCUGUCUCAGAAUAAGAGGCUCUUCCUCUCCCAUUUCACGAGUACCACCCACCAUCCCUGGGGUACACCCGAAGACUACCACCGCCAAAAGUACUUCGGACACAAACACCGAUCACAGCACGAAGCAAUGGACGACUUCCUCAACGCAAACAGCUUCGUCGACUCCUGGCUAGGAGAACUAAUGGAGAUGCUUCAGGAAGCGGGCAUCGCCGACGAAACCCUAACAGUCUUCGUGGGAGACCACGGCCAAGCCUUCCGAGAAGACUGCCCAGUAACAGGAACCUACCAAAACCCACACAUAAGCAACUUCCGCGUACCACUCCUGUUCCACCACCCACUCCUACCACGCCUACACCUAGACGUAAACGGAAGCGCAAUCUCCAUCCUGCCCACAAUCCUCGACCUAUUAGUAACAACAUCCUCCCUGAACGAAGCCGACUCAAUCAUCGCCCAGGAUCUGAUGAACGAAUACGAAGGCCAAUCCCUAAUCCGACCGUACCGCGCCUCGCACAACGGCCGCGAAGCAUGGAACAUGGGCGUCAUCAAUGCCGGCGGGACGAUGCUCAGCGUUGGAUCGGCGGCUGUGCCGUGGCGGUUGAAUCUGCCGCUGAAUAAUGAUUUCGAGUAUCGGUUUACGGAUCUGGAGAGGGAUCCGUUUGAACUUGACCCUGCUACGGCUUGGUCUAUGGGGGGUCUUGCUGCGGAUGUUUAUUCGAAGUUUGGGCCUGAGGCUGUGGAUUGGGUGUUGAAGGCGGAGAAGGUUGGGCUUUGGUGGGUUACUGAGCGGAAGAAGUUGUGGAAUUAUGAGGAUGAGGAGGAGUGA